GUUGUUGGUGCCUCCUCGCCUAGUCGCCUCGCACGGCGGGCGGAGAGCGCCGAGCCGAACCGGGAACGGAGGCGGCAGCAGCAGGGCCCCGGAGUUUAAUACGAAACCGCCACCCAGCCGCUUGCUUCCGGCCUAGUUUCGCCUCCCCCCAUUCCCUCGGAGUUGGAUUUGCUCCCGAAUCCGACGAGGAAGCUGCCACUACGCCACGCCACGCCGCCGCCGCCCGGUGAAGGAAGGCACGGAACCCUAGGCCUCGUCUCCAACCCCGCAGCGCGCGCGAGGGUCCCAUCUGCGGCCGCGCGAUCCGAGGGGCGGCCAGCCCAGAUUCUGACAAUUGUUCCUCCCAUUAAGUUCCCCAACUUCGUCUAAGGAAGUGAUUCAUUAUGAAAGACUGGUCAAUUCUCUCCAAACUUGAUCACAAUGGAGGUUACCUCCACAAGUUCCCAGUAGACUCUCCAGUAUCUCAUGAUAUUGGGUUAGGAUUGAUAUCAAAAGUUGGAAAUUUAGUUGAGUGUUCCUUUCAACAUCCAAGGCAUAUAUGUGCGACUGGAAGCGGAGCAGUUCAGGAGGCAUUCAGCUGUUUCAACAAGUUUGCUGGAGCUUUCUAUUUCUGGUUUUCUAGAGCAUCAAACCCUAAGCUAUUCCAAAGGCUAUCGGACGCUGCUGGCUCAAGUUCAAGAGCUUGUCGGUCACACAUCAAGCAGGUGACCUCUUGCUUGCAGCAUUUACCUGGAUUGCAAUUUGGUUCACAAUUAAGAGAAGAGCAUGCUAUACAAGUGCUUUUAGUGAGGCUUGCAAGUGCAACUUUUGGGCGCCUGUGGACUGAGGUGGAGGAGCGCCAUGCCUGUAAUGUUCUCAUGCUAGCUGCUGCUACCGUAAUACCACCAUUUGAGAACAUAUCACCGAAAAUGCUUGCUGAGUCAAUGGCACUAGGAAAAGAUGGUGGACAUAUCCGAGAACCUGCUGAUCAACCUUAUUCAGAGGAAAACCGUUCAGGUUGUGCUUGCUUAGCUGUGCCAAGAUUAAUCUUGCCAGAAGAUGCAACGGAACCAAAAACCGGGAUCAAGUUUCCUACUAUCCUUGAGGACAAUUCCAAUCUGAGUACGGAGGUGCUUGUUGGGAUGGGUUUCAGAAGCAUGCGAAUAAUGAGGGUCAAAAAUCUGAAUCUUUAUGCCUUUGGAUUAUACAUACAACUGGAUUCUAUCUGCAAGAAGCUGGGUCCAAAAUAUGCUUGUAUUCCAGAUGCUGAACUGAAGGAUCACCCAGAUUUCUAUGAAGAUCUUCUAAGGGAAAAUAUCGAUAUGACAGUCAGGCUAGUAGUAAGCUACAAUGGCCUGAGUAUUGGCACAGUUCGAGAUGCAUUUGAGAGGUCUCUUGGCUUCCGGUUGCAAAAGAUGAAUCCUAAUACUGAUUACCGUUGCCUGAAGACAUUUGGUUCUUAUUUUAGUGAAGACAUUCGUAUACCUGCUGGUACUAAGAUCGACUUCCGGCAAACAUCUGAUGGCCAACUAAUAACUGAAAUUGAUGGCAAACAAAUUGGCACUGUCCAGAGCAAAGAUCUAUGCAGAGCUUUCUUCGAUAUGUAUAUUGGUGAUCCCCCUGUUUCAGUGGAGACCAAACAAGACAUUGCACAAAAUGUGGCUGGACUCAUAAGACGAUGCUAGGAGAACAGGACAACUUAAUCAAAAAGAACUUGGAAUUGUUUCAUCCAUCAACACAAGGAAAGAAGAGAUAUAUAUAGAAAGGAAGCCAGGAGGAUCGACUAUAUUUAUAGCUGAUAGACAUGCAACUUGUAAACUAAACAUGCAAAAAUUUGCACCAAACUCAGAGGCCUAGCGUCCAUCUAGGCAAAUGCCUCCAUGCUUUUCAUAUGGCUUGGCAAUUGCCAUUUCUUGGCUACUAUAAUGUUCAAGUGCAGUGAUACAGUUAGAAGUUGUACAACAAGGGAAUGUUUCUUUAACCCCAUCAAAAGUGAAAGGGACCCAGCUUGGUUUCUCUAGAUUAA